CCCACCGAAAGAAAUAACCGGCUGCCCAUUAUCCACAUAUCUAAACUUUUACUACUGAUUUUUUUUGUAGUAGAUUCAGCAGUGAAAAUGUUAAAUUGCAGAUUUAAAUCAAAUAAACAAUUAAAGUAUAAGCAGAUAUUAAUUUCCCAGCCAGGCAAGUUCAUUCCCUCUGCUUAAUAAGUUGGACACUUUACAGUUUCAAUCCUUUCUAGGGUUUUUAGUUCAUCCCAAAUUCCAUUUUUGCCCCCUCUCAUUUUCCCCUAUUCAAACUAAUUUACUCUUUGCUUUCGCCGAGUUAUUACUGCUUCAAUUUCUGCGUUUAGCUUCCAAAUUCUGAUAACAAACAGCUUAUAAAUGUUCAUGUUUAGAUUGAUGGACAUUGAGGACUAGUUUUUUUUUUUGGACUGUAUCAUGGACGGAGGAUUGGGCAAUGAUGUGGAUGUGGCCGAGGGAGCUCACCUCCGUAGUAAAGAGAAUGAAUAUAAGCUACCUGGAAGUUCGAACAAGUUGGAAUCUCAUGAGAUGAUUACACACGGUGAAGGUGGGUAUGCUGAGAGUUCGUUUCAUGUACUUGGAGAUAUUUUGGGUGCGAAGAAUGUAAGUAUGAGUGGGAAUCCUGCAGAUGCAUCGGAACAGCCAUGUGUUAGCCCUCGGUUUAUGGAUGAUGGCGGGAAUAUGGUUGAAGAAUUGACAGUGAGGAAUUAUGAUAGUUCAAAUUUAGCUAUAGUUGGAACAUUGAACAAUAGGGAGAGAAUGCAAAGUAGGCAGGGUCAGUGGCAGCAUCUUUAUCAACUUGGAGGUGCAUCAGGGAUUGGGAGCUCACAUAGCAAUGCUUUACACAGGGACAACGGUCAGGGAAUGCCAAGUACUUUUGAGGAUGGGAGAUAUGCAUCUUCUCCCGUGAUUCUGGGCCAGAAACAGCCAGCUGGUGAUUGCAAUGAAGUCAUUGAACCGUCAGCAAAUGCUGAACAUGAUGGUCUUUCCCACAACAUCAUCUCUAAUGGUGGUAUUCGCACAAAGAUGUUAUCUAAAUCAGGAUUUUCGGAGUUUUUUGUGAAAAGCACCUUGAAAGGUAAAGGGAUCAUUUUUCGAGGCCCACCUAAUGGAGGGGCAAAGCCUGCUCCAAAAGAUGAGAAUACUGGAAAGACUGCUCGUGGCACUUUGGUGGCUCCUAAUUCCUCAAUUAAUGCGGGUGCGAAAACCAAAAUGCCACAUUCCUUUGGCAUUGUUGGACCAAGCCCUGCUGGUUUGGAUCAUGAUGGAGUUGGUCUACGGCAUUGGCUAAAUGCACGAAGGCAUAAAAUGAACAAAGUUGAGUGCCUUCAUAUAUUUAAACAAAUUGUUGAUCUGGUGGAUUAUUCUCACUCUCAAGGAGUUACUUUACAUGACUUAAAACCUUCUUGCUUUAAGUUGUUGCAAAUGAAUCAGGUUAAAUAUAUUGGUUCUGUGGUGCCAAAAGAUAUGAUUGAUAGAACUAUGGAUCGAAGUGCACCUAUCUCAGAGAAUCUCAUAGUCAGGAGAAGGCCAGCUGAGCAGGGGAUGUUUCCUUUCGUUGGUCUACUUGCAAAGAAGCAAAAGAUUAGUGAAAAUACAAACUCUGGUAGGCAGUGGCCUCUAUUUACGACAAAAGUGACAAAACAUGCCUUAAAUUUUGAAACUGCGAGUGACAGUGAGAUCAACUUAACCAUUGCACGAGAUUCUUAUAAUGAACCUAUAGACCAUAAUCCAAAUGCAGAAAAUGGAAUUCGGGGCAACAGCAGUCAUCAGCUGUCUAUUACAGCGAAACAGCAGUUUGCAUCUGUUCCUGACAAGUUGGAAGAUAAGUGGUAUUCAAGUCCGGAGCAGAUAAGUGAGGAAAUUUGCACGAUGUCAUCAAAUAUCUAUAGUCUUGGCGUUUUGCUAUUCGAGUUGCUUGGUCAUUUUGACUCUGAACAAGGACAUGCUACAGCAAUGAAUGAUCUGCGCCACCGGAUUCUUCCUCCCCAUUUUUUAUCUGAAAAUCCAAAAGAAGCUGGAUUUUGUCUUUGGCUACUUCAUCCUGAACCUUCAUCACGGCCAAAAACAAAGGAAAUCCUACAAUCUGAAGUUAUUAAUGGGUUGCAGGAGGUGUCUAUAGAAGAAGUAUCAUCUUCCAUUGACCAAGAUGAUGCUGAAUCAGAAUUAUUAUUGCAUUUCCUUGUUUCAUUAAAAGAUCAUAAGAAGAAGCAUGCUUCUAAGCUAGUAGAUGACAUUAGGUGCGUGGAAGCUGAUAUUGGAGAAAUUGAGAGGAGGAGCUGUUUGAAAAAUCCUCUGCGUGUCUCUGAAACAAAUGAAACGAGGUUGAAGAAUAUUAUUGGUCAACUUGAAAGUGCUUACUUCUCCAUGAGAUCCCUAAUUCAGCUUCCAGAGACUGAUGCUACCACAAAUCAAGAUAAGGAUGUAUUAAGAAAUCGUGAGCCUUGCUACUUUGCGACGGAAGGUGAUGAAAAAGAUAACCCAUCCGAUUGUCUUGGAUCAUUUUUUGAUGGCUUGUGCAAGUACGCUCGUUAUAGUAAGUUUGAAGUACGUGGGCUACUAAGAACAGGGGAUUUCAACAAUUCUGCCAAUGUAAUUUGCUCUUCGAGUUUUGACCGUGACUUGGACUACUUAGCAACUGCUGGCGUAUCAAAGAAAAUAAAGAUAUUUGACUUUCAUGCACUCUUAAAUGAUUCUGUUGAUAUUCAUUAUCCAGCUAUUGAAAUGUCAAACAAAUCAAAGCUUAGCUGCAUUUGCUGGAACAACUAUAUCAGUAAUUAUCUAGCUUCAACUGACUAUGAUGGCGCUGUGAAGUUAUGGGAUGCAAAUACUGGUCAAGCGGUUUUUCAAUACAGUGAGCAUGGAAGGAGAGCUUGGUCUGUUGACUUUUCUCCAGUGUAUCCAACAAAAUUAGCCAGUGGAAGUGAUGAUUGUACUGUGAAGCUGUGGAGCAUUAAUGAGAAAAAUAGUUUAAGCACAAUCAGGAACAUUGCAAAUGUCUGCUGCGUUCAGUUCUCUUCCCACUCUACUCAUUUGUUAGCCUUUGGAUCUGCAGACUAUAGAACCUAUUGCUAUGAUCUUAGGAAUGUAAGAACACCCUGGUGUGUUUUGGCUGGUCAUGACAAAGCUGUGAGCUAUGUGAAAUUCUUGGAUUGUGGAACUCUGGUUACUGCAUCCACUGACAACUCGUUGAAACUUUGGGAUCUCAACAAAGCCAGCUCUAGUGGCCUCUCAACUAAUGCUUGCAGUUUAAGUCUUAGCGGGCACACUAAUGAGAAGAACUUUGUAGGUUUAUCUGUGGCUGAUGGUUAUAUAGCGUGUGGUUCAGAAACUAAUGAGGUUUAUGCAUACUAUAAAUCUCUACCAAUGCCAAUCACUUCCCACAAAUUUGGCUCUAUUGAUCCCAUUUCUGGGAAAGAGACGGAUGAUGACAACGGACAGUUUGUUUCUAGUGUAUGUUGGAGAGGGAAAUCAGACAUGAUUAUUGCUGCCAAUUCAACUGGGUGUAUAAAAGUGCUGCAGAUGGUUUGAACUUUAAAGUUGAGGUAACUUCUGAGAUCAACCAGGAAAGUGAAUUCUUGUAACUUAUCCAGUUUAUGUAGAUCCCAAACUUAUUCAAGGCAAGUAGGCAACCCAUAUGUUGUGUAUCUUGAUAUUAUCAAAACAUAGAGAGAAUCUUUGGAACUUCUGCACCUUUCUGGUUUUCUCACGUGUGACAGAAAAACUCCUGUCAGCUAAACAACAAUGGUACAGACAGGAUCUCAAGCUUUCCCAGAUGUCUAGAUUCAACAUUCAGAGUUCAGAUGUUGACAUGUUUUGCAUGCGGGCCACUCCAGUAUAAUAUACGUGUCAAAAUCGCGUGAUAUGUGCUUCUGAAUAUAACAGAGUGGUGAUCAAGAUCAAUAUAGCCUGGGGAGAGGGACAAACGCAAUCCCAUAGGCGGGUAUAUAUAGAGAUACAAGUCUUGUGAAGUUAUCUUAUCAGCCAAGAGCUAACAAAGCAAGUUUGUUCAUUAGAUAGUUUUUUAAAGCAGGGUCAUUACUUUAAUGAAUCCAUGAAAUUCAAUUUAGUUUGAUUAGAAGAAAAUGAAAAGAAAUGAGAAUAGUAUUUGGGAGUUGUAUCUAAGAUUAAAAUUUGUAAAUUUGUUGUAAAUUUGUUUGAGAAAAAGUAUAUAUGGCAGUUUAAUUUUGACAA